AGACCAAAGUAGAUAGAAGUAUAUUUUAAUGAGUGUGCUGCUUGCUAAAGGCCUCCUUUAGCUCUUUUUCUUUAAAACUAUCAUGGGCCACUGUCCUACAAUUCUAGCCCGCUGACAGAUUAAGUUCUUCCUCUCAUCUUAGUUAUACCAUCAUUCCAUCAUAGCAAAAACCUCUAGGAUACCAAUCCAAUACCUUUUUUUUGUUAUCUCUUAACAUAUAUAAGUAUUAUAUACUCAUGCAUAAUUAAAAAAACCUUUCAUUGCCAUUAGUCCAUCCAAAAAAUAGUAAUAGUCAACAUUCAACUUACAGAAUGUCAUUAUAUUUGUGCUUAGUCCGAGGUAGUUAUUACAUGUAGUAUCCUGAUUCCAGCGUCUAACGUCGCGAUUUCAGAGCCUAAAAAAAAAAUUACCCUACCUGGCAACACUAUGGUCACCAUACUUCAUUCUGUUUUCGCGCGAUAAACUAACGUUUCGCGUCCCAUUAAAAUAAAUAGUUUUAUGUAUGGUAUUACAUAAAAGAUUUCAUAAUUUGUCUGAAAAAGAUGCUUAAAAGAGCUAGUGAAGGUGAGGAACACGAUGCACGAAAAUUGCGGAAGAUACGGAAGAUGGAAAAGAAAAUACAGAAAUACAAAGAAGCCUUGACUGCCACUGAUCCAGAAACGUUAUCAAUUUUGGAACAAGAUAGUGUGGAUGAAAAUUUCAAUAAGUCAGAAGAAGUUAAUGCUCAUAGUGACAAACCAGAAGACACCCAAGAACACAGUCAAGAACAUGAAGAAGACGAAGGCGACAUUGAGACAGAGGAAGAUCUACCUCAAGACAUACUAGCUGCCCUCGGAGAAGGAGGACAAGAUGACAAUGCCAACUAUGGAGCUGAAAUAAAACCAGAGAUUGUUAAGAUAAUCAAUACUAUACUAACAGACGGAAUGAAUAAAGAAAUGCAUGAAUCCUUAUCAAAAACUAAGAUCCCAAGAAACAUCAAACUGUUAGAUGCCCCAAGACUAAAUACAGAAUUUGCAGGUUUGCUCAACAACUCCAUGACUAAUAGAGACAACUUACUGAAGGAUAGGCAGCAAGACCUGGGCAGAGCAAUUGCUUUAAUUACUGAAACAAUUAAUGAUCUAACCAAGAAAGAUUUUGACAAAUUGCAGGCAAUAAAGUCCCUGAGUGACAGCAUAAGAUUACUCAGUAACCUGCAUUACAAUUACACUCAAAUUCGCAGAAAGAUGAUUGCACCAUUUAUGGAUAAGUCAUUGACACAAAACCUAAGUGAAAACAAGAGGUCUGAGUUUUUAUAUUCUAAACUAGAGGAAUCAGUAAAAACAUCCUCUGCAAUGAAACGCACAAUCAACAUUUUAAAACCCAAAAACACACCAAAAAACUAUCAGAAUCCCAGGCGGCAAACUGCCCCAAACCAGUACACGCCCAGAACAAACAACAUAAAUUACAAACCAAGACCAUACCAAAGCAAUCAGGCUUCAAACUACAAGCCUCAGCGCAGCCAUCAACGUCCACCUCAACAAGUAAGGUCAACCCGCCGACCAACAACAUCCCAUCAUCGAGGAGGUCGUGCGAAGUACCCAUAAAGGUAAAUUUUGCUGCCCGCCUCAAACAUUUUUAUACUUGUUGGACAUUUUUGACAAACGAUGAAACAAUCCUAAAUUGGAUAAAGGGAUAUUCCAUUCCUUUUGAUAGUGAACCAAGUCAACAUAAUGUUCCUCUUAAUAAUACAUUUAAUGCCUCUGAGAGAAAGAUUAUUACAAUGGAAAUACAUAAACUUAUUGUAAUGGGGGCUAUAACCCAAUGUCAACCAAGCAAAGAUCAAUUUUUGUCUAGUAUUUUUACUAUUCCUAAAAAAGAUGGGUCUCACAGAUUUAUUCUCAAUUUAAAGUGUUUAAACAAUUUUAUUAUAACAAAACAUUUCAAGCUGGAAGAUGUUAGGACACUAUGUAAACUAGUUACAACAGAUGAUUACAUGUGCACUAUUGAUUUAAAACACGCAUAUUAUUUGGUGCCUAUAAAUGAAUCGCAUAAGAAAUAUUUAAGAUUUACAUUCAAUAAGAAAAUAUAUGAAUUUAACUGUAUGCCAUUCGGUUUGUCUACGGCUCCUCUAGUUUUUACUAAACUUUUAAAACCAGCUAUUGAAACACUAAGAGAACAGGGUAUUAGGAUUAUUAUCUAUCUUGAUGACAUAAUUUGUCUUGGGAGUACUUACAAGGAAUGUCUAAAUAACACCCAAACAACAUGUAAUUUAUUACAAUGUUUAGGUUUCAUAAUUAAUGAGGAAAAGAGCUCUAUAACUCCAUCCCAAGUGAAGGAGUAUUUAGGCUUUACUAUUAAUUCAAGAAACAUGACUUUAAGCCCUACACUAAAGAAACGUAAUAAUUUAUACUCCCUAAUUAAAAACUUCCUUAAAAUUAAAUCAUGCAGUAUUAGAGAAUUUGCAAAAUUACUAGGAAAUUUAGUAUCAGUCUGCAUAGCAAUUCCCUAUGGGUUUGUAUACACAAAAAAGUUAGAAAGAGAAAGGUUUUUAGCUUUAGAAUGCCAUAAUUAUAAUUUUGAAGGAAUUAUGAUCAUGAAUAAACCAAUCAAAACAGACUUAAUGUGGUGGAAAGAGAACAUUCUAGUAAAGAGUAGUCACAUUAAGCAAUAUAACUUCUCUCUAGAAAUAUUCUCAGAUGCUUCACUUAUGGGAUGGGGUGCAUUUUGCAAUGGCCAGAGUGCACAGGGCAAUUGGUCUGAAUGGGAGCGCAAUCAACACAUUAACUAUUUAGAACUUUUAGCAGCUUUCUUUGCUCUAAGAUGCUUCGCAGACAAAUAUAAUGACUGUGAAGUACUUCUCAGGAUAGACAACACAACCGCCAUAGCAUAUAUUAACCGUAUGGGUGGGGUGCAAUACCCGUUACUAAAUGAUAUUACUAGACAAAUAUGGAGGUGGUGUGAAGCGAGGAAUCUGUGGAUUUUCGCAUCUUACAUAAAAUCAAAAGAAAAUGUUGAGGCUGAUUUUCAGUCUCGCAACUUUAAUGUAGAUACAGAGUGGGAACUUGCAGAGGAUAUUUUUAAUAUUAUUGUUAAUAAAUUCGGUGCCCCCGACUUAGACCUGUUUGCGUCACGAAUUAAUCAUAAAUGUGACAAAUAUAUAUCAUGGCACAGGGAUCCUUUCGCCUGGAACAUUGACGCUUUCACAGUCAAAUGGAACUCUACCUUUUUCUAUGCUUUCCCCCCUUUUGGUAUUCUACUAAAAGUUCUUCACAAGAUUAAAUCAGAAAAGGCCACAGGCAUUUUAGUAUUUCCUUUGUGGCCUUCUCAAGUUUGGUAUCCACUGUUAAAAUCUAUGGUAAUAUCAGAUAUACUAACAUUCGGACCAUCUGAAGAUCUCCUCAUGUCUCCUUUCAGAACUCCACACCCACUUCAGACUCAACUUAUCCUGGCGGCGUGCAAAUUAUCAGGGAAGCGUUUAAAAGAAGAUUAAUUGCAGAACGUUCAGUUGACAUUAUGAUUGCUUCAUUAUCUAAGAACUCCAUUAAACAAUAUAAUAGUUGUUUACGCCAGUGGUGGCUUUACAGUAAACGUAAUAAUAUAGAUACUUUCAGUGCAUCAGUCCCUAUCAUAAUAUCAUACUUAACAAACUGCUUCGAGAAUGGCCUGUCUUAUCAAUCACUUAAUUGCUAUCGCUCAGCGUUAUCCCUUAUAAUUGGCAGCCAUAUAGGCACGGAUGAGAGAAUUAAGCGCUUAUUCAAAGGAUUUUAUAAGUUGCGCCCUAUGAAACCUAAGUAUAACGAUACCUGGAACCCAGACACAGUAUUAACAUUCUUAGAAAAUCUAUAUCCCUUAGAAUCUUUACAACUAGAGUUACUUACAAAGAAACUAGCAAUGUUACUGAUUUUGUCAACAGGCCAAAGAGUACAGACUCUCUUUUAUAUUAAAAUUAAUAAUAUUAAGUACUCUCCAGACGGUAUCACAAUACUAAUUACAAACCUUUUGAAGACCUCUGGACCCAGACGUCCUCCAACAAUACUUAGCAUACCAUAUUUAAGUAAUAAACCUGAGAUAUGUCCGGUUAAGACUUUAACUAGAUAUCUAGAAACUACUCAAAAUAUCCGACAAGAAAAUAGCUCCCUCAAAAACCUUUUCCUUACUUUUAAAAGCCCUAUCAGAGAAGCUUCCACUCAGACCAUUAGUAGAUGGCUUAAACAAAUUAUGAAGGAUAGUGGAGUGGAUAUAUCUAGAUUUUCAGCUCACUCCACUAGACAUGCGUCUUCCUCUAGAGCACACAGAGAAGGUCUUACUGUAGACAGCAUAAUGAAGGCUGUAGGUUGGUCAUCAAGGUCGCACAUAUUUGCCCGACAUUAUAAUAGACCACUAACUAAUAUGGUUAAUGACCAAGUUCAAUUUGCCCGGGCAGUGCUUGGAGAUUAAAAAGUUAUUGUUUUUAGUAUAGUUACUUUAAGGGUCAAGUCCUGAGUUAAGUUUCAUUUUAAUUCUUUAGUUUAAACUGUAUGUUUUGUACUAAGACAGUACAAACGCAUUGUUAUUGUUGAUUAACUUUUAAGAAAAUAAUUAAGAAGCUUAUGAUAAUUACACUAUAAGACUGUUACCCAACGAUUAAGUUUAUUUAAAAUUUAAACUUUAUGUUUAUUCUAAUUUGUUCUCAUUAUAACUGUUAAGAAUACAAUAAGUACCUAAGGUACAAAAUGUGACAUUAGUAAGUCUCUAUUUUCCAUUAAAACAUCUUAAAGUAAAUAAAUAAUGCUUAAUAAUUUUCUCUGAACAUCUACAUGUAAUAACUACCUCGGACUAAGCACAAAUAUAAUUACAGGAUUAAACGAACUUACCUGAAGUGAAGUUCUAUCCUGAUUAUAUGUAGUGCUUAGUCCGAGGUAGGAAGUUCCCUUCCCUCCCAAGAUUAAUAGUACCCUCUUAAUCUCUUACCCUCUUAAUUAGCUCUGAACUUAAUGAAGUAUGGUGACCAUAGUGUUGCCAGGUAGGGUAAUUUUUUUUUUAGGCUCUGAAAUCGCGACGUUAGACGCUGGAAUCAGGAUACUACAUGUAAUAACUACCUCGGACUAAGCACUACAUAUAAUCAGGAUAGAACUUCACUUCAGGUAAGUUCGUUUAAUCCUGUAAUUAUACAACUCAGUG